AUGUCGACUUUCAUGAAGGAGCCUAGCGAGAGAGCGAAGGGAGGUGUCUUGCCUCAGAAACGCUACUACCGUCAACGAGCGCACGCGAACCCGUUUUCUGAUCACAUGCUGGACUAUCCCAUCAAUCCGUCCACGAUGGACUGGUCUACCCAUUAUCCUGCGUUUGUUGAGGAAGCCAAGGAAAACGACUCGCUGGUCAAGUCUGUGCCAAAAUUGCGAUCCAAAGUCGAGUUCGCGGAUAUUGGCUGUGGUUAUGGUGGAUUGUUGAUUGCGUUGGCGCCUUUAUACCCAGACACGUUAAUGUUGGGCAUGGAAAUCAGAGUCAAAGUGCAAGAAUAUGUGUAUGAACGGAUACAUGCCCUGAGGAAGCAACAUCCUGGACAAUAUGAAAAUGUGUCUAUCUCGCGAAUGAAUGCCAUGAAGUUUCUGCCCAACUUUUUCGAAAAGGGACAGCUUUCGAAGAUAUUUUUCCUCUUUCCUGAUCCCCACUUCAAGAAAAAGAAACACAAGGCGAGAAUCAUCAGCUCCACAUUGCUCGCUGAAUAUGCCUAUGUCUUACGGGUAGGAGGUAUAUUGUAUGCGAUCACAGACGUAAAGGAUUUGAACGAAUGGAUGGUGAAGCAUCUGGAAGAGCAUCCUCUAUUUGAAAGACUGUCUCCAGAAGAGGAGGAGAGCGAUCCGGUGGUGCCAUAUGUACGUACGUCCACGGAAGAGGGCAAAAAGGUGGAACGAAAUCAAGGCGAUAAAUAUCUUGCUUGCUUCCGAAGGAUAGAAGAUCCGCUUCGAAAGUAG